GAAUAUUGUUUGAAGGUGGAAUUUCAUUUCUGGCGUAUUAAAAAAUAUAAUGGAAGAAAAUUCAAUUCCAUUCUUCCUUUUCUUAACUUAUAUGAGAAAGGAUCGUUUGUGCAUGAGCACAGAAAUGGGUUCUCAAAGAAAGAGGGAUAUUUUCAUCCAUGUUUUCUUGUAUUCUUUGCUGAGAUCUCUAAUGGUAGGUAAUGCUGUCGAAAGCGAUAUCUUCUGCUUAAAAUCCAUUAAGGAUUCCUUGGAAGAUCCUUUUAAUCACUUAUCAAGCUGGAACUUCGACAACAGAACUGAAGGUUUCAUAUGCCAUUUUGUGGGCGUUUUAUGCUGGCAUCCGGAUGAGAAUAAAGUGUGGAGUAUCUCGCUGCAAAAUAUGGGGUUGAAGGGUGAGUUUCCACUGGGAAUUAGGAAUUGCUCGUCACUAACAGCCUUAAGCCUUUCGCACAAUCACCUAACAGGACCCAUCCCCUCGGAUGUAUCCACGCUAAUCCCUUAUGCUACCUUCUUAGAUCUCUCAUAUAACAAAUUUAAUGGGACUAUUCCACCUUCUUUCGCUAACUGCACUUACCUCAAUUUUCUUUGGCUUCAUCACAACAACUUAAGUGGUCACAUCCCUCAAGAACUUGGGCAGCUUCCCCUGAUCAAAUCAGUUUCUGUUGAUUACGCAAAUAAUGGAGAGCUUUGUGGUGGGCCUUUUCCACCAUGUUCAUUAGACAGUUCACAUGAUUUCCCUCAAUCGUUCAAGCGGGGUCUUGCCAUAGGCUAUGCUUUUUCACUGACUUCUGUUAUUGUCAUUUACAUGUCCUACUGUGCACCUUGGGAACAAUCACACCAUCAAAGGAACAACCACCGCAAGAAGGCUAAAGAAUUAGGAAGAAUUUUUUGGUCCAUUGCUGGGAGAAAGACACCUACUCAAGCUCCUGCCCAACACGAAUUGCAACCUCUUCAGUUGCAGGAGAAAGUCGUCAAAGAGAUUUCUGUAGUAACAGAGAGAAUGAAGUCGACGAUGAGGUUCAACGAAGUGAGAGAUGCAACAGAUUGCUUUUCCAUAGACAAGGCCAUUGGGAUGGGGAAAAUUGGAAUAAUGUACGAGGGAAGGCUACCCAAUGGUUGGAACCUUGCCAUUAAGAGACUAUUCGAUUCGAAACAAUACAAGAGAGAGUUUCUUUUGGAAAUAAGAAUUCUGGGAAAGUACAGACACAGAAAUAUAGUUCCCUUACUUGGGUUCUGCGUAGAAGGAAAAGAAAGGAUUUUGGUGUACCAGUUCAUGUCAAAUGGAAGGCUUUCAAAAUGGUUGCGUCCUUUAGAAGGUGAAGUUACAUUGAAAUGGCCUCAGAGGAUCAAAGUAGCAAUUGGGGUAGCAAGAGGCUUAUCGUGGAUCCACCACAUAUGCAACUUGCAUGUUGUGCAUCUGAAUAUUAGUUCGGAGUGUAUCUUGCUUGAUAAGAAUUUUGAACCAAGACUGUCCAACUUUGGAAAGGCAAAGUUUGUGAAUCCGAACAUUGAAGAGGGUGCAAACACAAUGUUUUAUGUGAGUGAUGGGAAGAAGGACGUGUAUGACUUUGGUAGUUUGCUAUUUGAGCUAAUCACAGGGAAAACAUUGAAGGAGUUGUCGUGUUCAUUCAGUACUGCAACUAUCCUAUCUGGAAACCCUUCAAACCUUGUUAACGCAAUUGAUGAAUCUCUGAUGGGGGAGGGUUUGGAAAACGAUGUGUACACUCUCAUCAAAGUUGCAUGCAAGUGUGUUCGACCAUUCGCAGAUGAAAGGCCAACGAUGCUUGAAGUUUACGACACUAUGAAGGAUAUAUGGGGUGAAGGACAUUAAUAGUAGAAUUUUUGGACCAGCAAUUUUUUUCUAAGCAAAAAUUAGAAGAUAUUAUUGAGAAUAAAAAAUUGAUAAUAUUAUAGGAUAUACAUAUAUACAUGUGAGGGGGUGGUUAGU